CAGUGACCAACCAACAACGAGUGACACGCUGUGCUUACUGACGCAUAAGCGCUAUGAGUUUGCGGCCUCUGAGACAGAAACAUAUGGGCUCGGGGUGGUUUGCGUGCGUUCACGAUGCUUCGACACGCUACGAGCAAACGAUCGUCAGAGACUGCAGCCUAGAUAUCGGCCUUUGAAGCGCCAGCAACCAGAACAAGGUAGGUCCACGAUAACAGGUUCGUGGAAGCUAUAUUUUGAUGUUUCUGCUGUUCUUUUGCGGUGUAUCGAAUUCGCUACACACCAACGGCGUACGCAUCUGACUUACUAUACGUCGGCGGUGUUGGACUGCUUCGCCAACCCGACUUGGACACCGUGGUGGUACAGUAUAAGAUCCGUCUUUGCCGACUUCCUGCACAAUUGCGUUGACUUCAAGUCGCACGACAUGGAUUUUUUCUCCGUCAGUCGUCAGCUUAUCACGACCUUAUCAUCCGGCAAUGAUACCGAUGUCAGCGAUCUGCCUAUCAAACUCCUUGAGGCAGUUGUCCCUGGCUAUAGUUUGUUCGCUAAUACCGCGCAACAAUGGCUUGGCUUAGACAUCAGUCUGUUCAUGACCUGUAUCGCCUUCUUUUUCAUCGCCAAACGUGCCCUAGAAUUCAUCUGGCAUCGUGUCUACGGGGCCUUCCUCGACCAUCUGACAAGUUAUGUACACAUCGAUGGUAGCGACGAUCUUUAUCUCACUAUUCUCGAGUGGUUAUCAGCCACACAGCCCGAUCUUUCUAAGCGCUCGCUCGCUGCUCGUACGCAAUACGGGUGCCAGUAUGACUCUGAUGACCCCGAUGAUGAAGACGGCAACGAGGACGUGGACAUGCUCGCAAAGGUCGCGAUUGGUGAACACGGCUACUUCAACUUCUCCAGAACUGCUGCCAAGGUUCCUCCUCGGUAUGAGCCUGAUCAUGGCCAAUUUUGGUUCUCCACUACACGCGGCACCUUUCUGUUCACCAAACGUCAAUACACCACUCGCGGUAGCAACGGUGUCGAGCGCACAGAGUCUGCUAUCGAUUUCUGCUGCAUCGGUCUCAGUACCAAUCCAAUCAAGCUACUUCUUGGCGACAUCAAGGCUUGGACUAUCCGCAAACAGAGCUCCAACACUGCCAUUCGUAUUCCGUGCGAAGAUCGCUGGAAUGGCUGGAUGAGAAGUUCAGAACGUCCACCACGUCCUCUCGAUACUGUCAUCUUGGACCCGGAACAAAAGACCCAGAUUCUACAAGACAUGAACGAGUAUCUUCACCCUUUGAGCUCGAAGUGGUACGCAUCUCGCGGCAUCCCAUAUCGUCGCGGCUACUUGUUCUCAGGACCUCCUGGGACUGGCAAGACUAGUUUGAGCUUCUCUCUGGCUGGAAUAUUUGGUCUCGAUAUUUACAUCAUUAACCUCAUGGAUCCCUCUCUGAGCGAGAGCACUUUGUCGAAACUCUUCAACAACUUACCGAAGCGAUGUAUCGUACUUUUCGAAGACAUUGAUGCUGCUGGCAUACAAAAGCGCAACGAUGAUACCAUCUGCGAAUCCAGCUCGGAAUCUGAGUCAGAGCUCGAAGAUCCGGAUGUGGAGUCGCUCAGUCCGUUACACAACAAGACUGUCAUCAGAAGCAUGCGCAAACGUGGUGAAGAAGUUAAGGACGAGCUCAUCAACGGUUCUGAGGAUUCUGCCAGCCUGGUUUCAGAUACACCCAUCACGGUCGGCUCCCUCGCCCGCGCUCUUAUUGCCGCAAGCCGCCGUGCCUCUUCCACGUCUCCACCACCCACUCGUCACGAACACCGUCGUAGCCGCGAGCCUAAGGCACCUUCCACUACCGUCACCACCGAGGAGCCAGCAUCCAAGAUCUCUCUCUCGGGCUUGCUCAACGUGAUCGAUGGUGUGGCAACCCAUGAAGGUCGCAUCUUGAUCAUGACAACCAACCACCCGGAAAAGCUCGACCCAGCCUUGAUCCGUCCCGGAAGAGUUGAUAUGCAGAUCUCGUUCACUUAUGCCUCUACCUCGCAGAUCAAGAGCUUGUUCGUGAGGAUGUAUACCCAGUCUACAGGCACUGCUAAUGGAAGACAUUCGCCACAACUUGGAGUGGCAGGUGGAUUAAAGAGUAGGAGUGGGCUCAAGGAUGCAGAGGAUACGCUCAUAGACACCGAGUUGGAGACACUAGGUACAAAGUUCGCUCAGGAGCUACCAGAGGGCAAAUUCGCUCCGUCGGAUGUGCAAGGCUAUCUUUUAAUGUACAGAAAAAAACCGAGAGAGGCUGUGGAAAAGGCUGGUGCUUGGAGAGAUUCAAAGCUUGCCGAGCUGUCUAGAAAAGGCAAGGGCAAGACAGAUGGUCGUAGAGCAAGGAAGACUUGAUAGGAAAGCAUGAACAAUACAUUAUCGGAGCUUGAUUUUACGCAC